AUGGCAGGCAGCCAUGCAGUUCGCAAAGGAGAAACCACCAUAAGGGGAGGCUCAACGUUGGAAGGGACGCCAUCAAAAACAAGGGCGAGCCUUGAUGACCCUCUUGGCGAGGUGCUAGGAACGUCGCAUGGAGAGGCGUCUGAGGUUGGGCGCCAUAGAGUUGAGGCAGGCCAAGUGACCUACGUGGGCAUUGCUGGCGAGGCGGUCCAAGCAGGUGCCAAAGGCGAGGCGUCAUGGACGCCUAAUGCUGCGACCCUGUUGAUUGUGAGAGUGGAGCUUAUUUGA